AUGGAUCUGAGUGGUGGAGUAGUUUCUUGUACGUUAUGGGAUGAAUAUUGCAAAAAAAUUUUAGAAAGGUAUAAUGACAAUCCAAAUUCUAACAAGUUGGUUCUCAUUCUUACUCAAGCCAAAGUUAAAGCAGCUACAGGGGAAUGGCCAGUGUCUGUGUCCAAUACAUGGAAUGGGACAAAAUUACUUAUGGAUGAUGCUAUUCCCGAAAUUACACAAUUCAAACAACGAAUGUCUGCUGAUGACUUAACAAUUAUGAGUCAAUCUGGAAGUCAAUUGACUCAGUCCUCCCAAUACAGUGAUGCUGAAAGAUAUUUGACUAUAUUGGACCCUCUGCAGGAAAUGAUAUGUGUAACUGUGGCCACAACCACUAAGUUUAGUCUUGAUAAUGAUGGGUGGUAUAAACUUCAGUUGCAAGUUUGUGAUGAUGCGUUUAAUUAUGCCAACUUCGUGGUGUGGGAUCAAGAAUGUAGAAACAUUAUUGGUAUUUUCGCUGAAGAAUUGCAAAAGAAAAUGAUCAAGGUGGGCGAAGAUGAUCCCAAAUGCUUUCCCGAUGAGUUGGAUGUAAUGUUAGGUUGUACUCUCGCUUUCAAACUUCGAACCCAACCAAGGAACAAAUUUGCGUCUGUCAUUAAAGUGUCUGACUUACCUGAAAUAAUCAAUUACAUUAAGAAGCUUAUACAACCCCUUGGUGAGUGCAGUCAUAAGAACAUAAUUGAUCUAGGAGGUGAUACUUCCACUGGAAUGAUUGCUGAUUUUCGUUCAAAAGGAGUUUGUAAUUUAGCAGCAGACAGUGAUCAUGACUUGAUGAGUUUGAGUGGAACAGCUGACAAUGAUCCUGAUAAUUCAUCUUUGGGUACUCCAUCAAAGAGAAUCGUUCCAAAUAGUGGUGUAUCUGUACAAUCGUCUGAAGACAUAGAGUCUGGUGAACUAUCAGCUACCAAGCCCAUGAAGACUAUCAAGCAAGAGAUCGACUGA